CACACACGUGCGCGUGCAGUGAGAUGUGUCUCUUUGGUAACGUGCACCUGCUACAACAGCACGCGGCGUGUCACUGUGACAGCUGUGACGGUAAACCUUAAAACUAUUAUCACACUACCCAAAGUUACUUUGUCGAACUCGGUGAAUCACUGAGUUAGACUGAGCCUCUGAUCAGAAAGCAAAAGUGCAAAAGCCCGGAGGUGAUCAUGUCCACGAGAGAGGUAGAGAAAACAGCUGAUGACGAGACGGACUGGCUUUAUGGAGAUGACAAUUUUGAUGAAGAUGAGACAACAGAAAAGGAAGUGUUCAGUGCUCUGAUUGGUGAUGUGGAAGACAUGAAUGGACUCAAUUACCAGCAAAGUGAAUCAGACAGUGAUGAUGAUGUCUUUGUGACCAUCGGUGACAUUAAAACAGGCGGAUCUCAGGACUCGUCAUUUGGUUCCAGUUCCAUCGGUCUGAACAUAAACACCUCUGUAUCAGGCUCCAAGUCCAGAGGGCUGGGUCUGGAUGCUGAAGGCAAUGUCUUGCAGGUGGAUGUGGAGUCAUUUGAUGAGAAGCCAUGGAGGAAGCCAGGUGCGGAUCUGUCUGACUACUUUAACUAUGGUUUUAAUGAGGACACCUGGAAGACAUACUGUGACAAACAGAGACGACUGCGGAUUAGCCUAGAGUUCCUGAGCCUGGGGUCGUCAAGCAAAAUAAUGGUUCAUCAGAAUUCUAGUAGUGAUCUUUCAGAACACUCAUCCAGGAAGUCGAGUGGUUCGAUCAAUGUUAUCGGAGGACAAGCAGGGACCAUCAGUCGAGUGGAAGGCAGAAGACGUCACAGUGCUGAUGAAAAUAACAUCCAGGUGGUGUCAGAGCAGUCCUCAGACACAGAGCUAUCUUCCCCGAAGCUGUUGCCCUUCUUUCCUCCCAAUAUCCCACCUCCACCUUUCCCUCCUCCUCCCAAUAUACCACCACCACCCGGUUUCCCAUUGCCUCCUGGUGCCCCUCCUCCUAUGAUACCACCAUUAGAUAGCAGUGGACAUUUGGCGGGAGGCUUUGAUCGACGGUCGGCUACAUCUUACCCUUUCCCUGCAGGUGUGUAUUCACCUGCAGUAGGCAUGGCUUCAUGGUCAGGUGUGAUGGACAGUGGCAAAGCAUGGGAAAACUACAACCGCCAUAACAAAGAAAGGGUGAGAGAGAAAACCAGAGAAAGAGGACACAAGAAAGAGCAAGAGCGUGAGAGAGAGCGAAACAGAGAAACAGAUAGAGAACACAGUCCGUCCUCACAAGGUCACAAAAGUGAGGAGGAGCGUGUGUCUCGACACAGGGAUCACAGUCAUUACGGAAGUGAGAGAUACAGGAAAAGCUCAGGAAGAGAAGGAAUGAGAGACAGACAUCGAGAAAGACAACACAGGGACAGGAGUGAACAACACAGAUCCUCACACAGUGGCAGCAGUAGGCGGCAUCAUGAUAGUGAUGACGCAGAUAGCCACAGGAGACACAGGCACAAACGCUCUAGACACAACAGAGGAAGCCUUGAGCCCAGCGAGGAGUGCAGUGUGGACCAGGAGAACCAGUCAGAGGCCACAGAAUAACUCCCUGGCCAGCUGGUGAGCCCAUUUGUUGACCAGUAGGAGGGCUUUAGUAAAAGAUCAUUAGUCUCGUCACCGUGAGUCAGAUUAUGAGUAAACAACUGUGAUUAGAUUUUGAUUAAUCCUAUGCCAAACACUUGAUAAGCCAGUUUAUGUUACCGUUUUAGCUAUUUAACAUUUAAUUUUUUGAAAAUAUGAUUUAAAAAAAGUAAAAGGUGGUCAAAAGAGUUCAAAUUUUUUAUUUAUUUAAAAUGACUUGUUGACUUACAAAAUGGUAUUUUUGUUGUGCCAAAUGUUAAUUUUGUUGAAGCAAAAUAAUUAUAAACAUGAUCAAGACAUGUAAA